UAAGUAGCGUGCAUUGUGUGUUGUUUUUAGUGUCAGUUCGGCGUGCAAAGAAAUUCAGGUGGACGAGACGCUGAAGUAUUGUCACACAGUGGUUAAUGGAAGCGGCAAUAUAAAUGAGGAGCAAUGGCAAAAGUGUCGGGGAACGUGGCAGCUGAUGAACUGCUAAAGGGAGCUGGAAUAUUAUCGCGUCCAGCGGAAGAAUUUGAGAACGAUGCAUCAGUGGAGGCGAUGUGGGCUGUUAAGGCCUAUGAACAUGCAGAAGUAUAUUUCAAUAUUUUAUGUUCAGUAGAUCCAAAGCUUUUGAGACUGACACCCCAUGAUGACAUGAUUUACAAAAUUUUCCGUGAGGAGUUUCCAGAUAUGAAAGUGGAUAUGCUGGUAGAGGAUGAAUUAAAAAGUGCACAAGGAAAGGAGAAAUGGCGUCCUUUUUGUGAGCGGUUCAAGAACAUUGUGGAAGACUACAGUUUUGGGACACUCUUACGACUUGAUCACACAGGAGAGUACAAUGAACAAAACAGUAUCCUUGCACCCCGGAUACAGUUUUUAGCAAUUGAGCUUGCUCGCAACCGUGAGGGUCUCAAUGAUUGUAUAAGACAAAAAUAUAGACCACGCAGAAAUGACUGAUUACAGAUUUUGUUAAUUUCAGGAGAAAAAUAAAAGUGUUUUAUUCUUUUGUGAAUGAA